AUGUUGGAGGAUGACGACAAGGUGUUGACGGAUGAGGAGGAUGAGGAGUUAGCAGAUCAUUCCUCUAAGAGCUGUCUGGAGUUCAGCCUAAGGAUUCAGGAGUUCAUUGAACUUAUUCGACAGAACAAGAGACUGGAUGCUGUCAGACAUGCAAGGAAGCAUUUCAGCCAGGCUGAAGGAAAUCAACUGGACGAGGUACGACAGGUGAUGGGAAUGUUGGCCUUCCCUUCAGAUACUCAUAUCUCUCCUUACAAGGAUCUUCUGGACCCUGCCCGGUGGAGGAUGCUAAUCCAGCAGUUUAGAUAUGAUAACUACAGGCUGCAUCAGCUGGGGAACAACUCUGUCUUUACUAUAACACUCCAGGCCGGGCUUUCAGCUAUAAAAACACCACAAUGUUAUAAAGAGGAUGGCAGUUCCAAAAACCCUGACUGCCCUGUUUGUAGCAAAUCCCUAAAUAAGCUGGCUCAGCCUCUGCCAAUGGCACAUUGUGCCAACUCCCGACUAGUCUGCAAGAUUUCAGGAGAUGUGAUGAAUGAAAAUAAUCCUCCCAUGAUGCUUCCAAAUGGAUAUGUGUAUGGAUACAAUUCUUUGCUUUCUGUUCGUCAAGAUGAUAAAGUAGUUUGCCCAAGAACCAAAGAAGUCUUCAACUUCUCACAAGCUGAGAAGGUCUACAUUAUGUAAUUCCCUCGUACAUACAAUGAAGUGCCGCUGGAAUUUGACAUAAUAUAUUUUGGCAUGACUUGUAGAGAGAGAUCUUGAGUGUGGCUAAGAGAGCUGGGGUGGGAAUCAGAUUGGUUGGUGGCAUUUUUUAUUGCGACCAAAGAUCAAUGAACAACAAUAUACACUCUUAGAAACUGAGGAAGUGUGACUAAAAGGUUGUACUUGGAGGGAACAAAUAUUGAAUGUUUGGAUUUUGUUACAGUAAUUGGACUUUUCUCAAAUAAUCAUCCAGCAAAAACUCAGCUCAAAAAAUGGACAGUUUCACAUGAGAAAAAAAAGUUACAGUGAACCUCAAAGGGCCAUUUCACACUUCCAGACCUGUUUUCAACAUCACCAAUAUGUGCCCAUGUGUGGAAGAACUUGAAGGGGCCAAAUAUGCAAAACUGUGAUACAUGCACCAGGGAACUGGGGCCAGUCACGGCCUCUGAAUGUGUGUCGACCUUGCGGCCUCAAGUGUGUGCAUGCACACACGUGCAUCUCCCCUUCAAAUGUGGUUGUCAGCAUGAGACACAUAAACUGGAAAUAGAUUUGCAAUGUCAAAAGUGUGAUGUAGGUCUGUGUGCUUCCCUUUUCUGUGUUAGCAAUUGGCUAAGACCCUUUUGUUUGAAAUCCUCUUCCAUUCUGCCUUUGAAAUGAUCCCAUGGGCCAUAGUAGAUGCUUGACGACAACACUAACACAAGGCUGAUUUAACUGGAUCAGUUAGGAGUUUUUUGAAAAGUACUGCAAGGGUUUAUUCUCUUCCAAAAACCCUCCACACAUUGACCAUCUUGGGAAGACUGCAUAAAUACGAAGUAACUGAAAACAUUACAGGCACAAUGCACUGCUUGUAUGUCUGUCCUUCUUCCAGUUGACCAUAGUGUUAAAAUUCUUCAUUUAUUAGUUACUAUGUGCAUAGGAUUCAAUAUCAAACCAUUAGUGCUACUGCCUUAUUUCUUACUUUGAGAAUGUACUCACAUAAAGAUCAGCUGGUAACCUUAAGUGUUGGGCAAAUUUUGAAGAUGCCUUGCAGGAUUAAUUAUGUAAUUUUAGGGUAUUCAUUACACAAGAGAUUAGUUCAGUUUUAACAGCUGCAAAUCACAUCCUUAUCACUCUCCAAAUAAAACCAUUGUAGUUGGAAAAAACCAUAUGGUAGAAGUUUGUAUUUAGCAUUUAUUUUUGCAUGUUGAUGUUGAUUAGCUAAUAAAGACUGUAAACACAAA